AUGGCCGAUGGGCCGGGGCCCACUGCCCACCUCACGCCGCCAUCAUUAGAAGGGGAUCCAAAUGAAGAUACCGAAUGGAAUGAUAUUCUGAGAGAUUUUGGAAUUCUUCCUCCAAAAGAAAAACUGAAAGAUGAAACUGAAGAAAUGGUUUUACACCUGCAGAAAGAAUCAGAAGUGAAAGCGUAUGGAAGAAUGAAUCUUGAAGAAUUGGAGGAAGCUGAAGAUGACUCUGAUGAGGCCGAUAGGAAAGCUAUUGAAAUGUACAGGCAGCAACGCUUGCAAGAACGGAAAUGUCUUCAGAGGAGGCAAAAGUAUGGGGAGCUGACAGAAAUCUGUGGAGAGCAGUAUGUAAAAGAAGUUACAAAUGCUCCAAAGGAUGUUUGGGUUAUAAUUCAUCUUUAUAGGUCAAGCAUCCCACUAUGUUUACUGGUUAACGACCACCUCAGCCUGCUAGCCAGGAAGUUUCCAGAAGUCAAGUUUCUCAGAGCCAUUGUAAACAGCUGCAUUCAGAAUUACCAGGACAGAUAUUUACCCACAAUACUUGUAUAUAAAACUGGUGAGAUAAAAGGCAGGUUCAUUGGAGCAGCUGAAUGUGGGGGAAUAUAUCUUAAAGUGGAAGAACUGGAAUGGAAACUAGCAGAAGUUGGAGCAGUGGAAACCGACUUAGAAGAAAACCCCCCAAAAGACACUGUGAACAUGACAACACUGUCAGCGUGGAGUAUUUCUGCUCAUGAAGACACCGAUACAAAAAGCAGUGAUGUGAUGAAACCACGUAUUACUUGA